UGCACGUCUGGGCAGGUUGAUCGAUUUGCAGUGACAGUUCUGACCGAACUCAAAAGUGUUUCUGGUUUGCAUUAGAGAGGAUCUGCACAUUUUUCCGCAAUCCUGAAUCGUCUGUAUUUCGUGAUAUAAUUAUAUCAAGCGUAAGAAAACGUUAGCGGUGCAUAGGAUAUACAGAAAUUGCCAGAAUUUUCUAGCUGCCAGGUGUAGAUGUGGCCCCACUGGCUUUAGUUACGUUAAUUGUGACCAUCCUGUGUCUGCAACAGUACGCAUAACGUAUUGAAUUGGUAUUGUUCCUGGUUGCGAACGUCGAAAGUGAGGUUAAGGAUACCCAUACGAAGUGCGUAGUGCUCGGUUGUUCGCGCGUGGUGUUUACAAUUCGUCUUGUAUUGAGAGCUGUCAAGUUGGGGAAGCAAAAAGCGGCUUAUUUGUAGUGCGUAUAACAAUAGCGGCAGUGCCCUUUGUGUGGUACGGUUUCCUUCUUCGGUAAUGCUAGUUCGGACGGUCGUUGGAGUCGUAGUAGGUUGCAUAUAAGCAGUUAUCCCGUGUUCACCAUGGCAGUACCGUUGGGUCAGUCCGAAAUCCUGAGCGGCAACGACCUGUUACGCAUCUUACAGCUAUGGGACGAAAAUCACACCAUCCCGGGAUUCGACCCGGAACCAAUCGUAACGCGGCUGGCCGAACUGUUUGAGGCAGAAAUGCUUGCCUAUAAGAUGAAAGAUCCGGAUCCGUUCGACACGAGGCAUCCUUCGCGCACGGAUCCAAACUGUGAGCUAGGCCGGAUGUUGAAGCUGUUAUUCCGGAAAGAUAAUUUUAUCACGCGGCUGGUGAACGACUAUCUGCGUGACAAUUUCUUCACACGUCAGACUAUGCAGCAUAGUUCGCACGCACUGAAUGUCGCCGCUUGUCGACUAAUAUUGGUCAUCAUGCCCGGUUUGGAUACGUCCGCCGUCUUUCAGGUGGAGUACGACUAUCUGAUUAAGCGGCUGUACGGCUGGGCCGAAAAUAGUGUUGAACCACUGCAAAGCUACGCAACAGCUUUGCUAGGAGCGGCAAUGGAGGAACAGGAGAUUGCCGUGAGCUUCAGAGAGCAAAACAUUCGGCUGCUACCAAUCAUGCUCACCCGGUUACAUUCUUUGCAAAAUGCUCAUCUGCAAGCAUCAGCCCAGGAGCCUUCAACAUCCGGAGUAAGUUUUCCGAAGGGAAUGAGUGCACCGCCUUUAAAGUUAGCGCCAUCGUCUACACGCAUAAUACCGGAAUCGAACGAAUCGGAACAAGCGAUGAAUGAUGGCGAAGCCCAAUCCGCUGCCGGACCGUCAACAUCGAGUGAGGCAAUCGUCCGCGAUGACGGACGGGCAAUGGAAUUGGAUGAGGGUGAACAUAAUGCAUCGCGUACGGUUGAUGGCACAAUUAUGAUUCCGUACUAUCCGUUAACGUCCGCCACGAGCCAGAUGUGUAUCCUGAACUAUCUCACACCGAUGGGAGAGUAUCAGGAGUUUUUGCCGCACGUGUUCGAACACAACGCGAUGCAGUUGAUUUUUCGCUACAUCGAACAUCUCGACCCGAAGGACACCUGUUUGGCGUUUGAAGCGCUAAAGUAUCUCGCAUCGUUGCUGUGUCAUAAGAAAUUUUCGCUAGAAUUUAUCACCAACGGUGGUUUGGAGCGGUUACUGAAAAUACCGCGCCCAAGCCUGGCAGCAACCGGUGUGUCGAUUGCAUUCUACUACCUCGCCUACUGCGAGGACGCAAUGGAGCGCAUCUGUCAGAUGUCGCGCGAAAUCAUUACCGAGAUGGUAUCGUACGCGCUCUGGUUGCUUGGAUGUUCGCACGAUUCCGGUCGAUGCCACGCGACGAUGUUCUUCGGAUUGAGCUGCCAGUUCAAGAUUAUAUUGGACGAGUUCGACAAGCAGGACGGUAUACGGCAGCUGUACAACGUGAUCGCCGUCCUGCCCGUGCUCGUCGUAACCGACGAUUACGAGAUGAACGAGGAUGAGGAGGCAUCGGAACGGCAGGUGAUACGCCACGUGUGCAUUGCGUUGAAGAAAUACUUCGAGAACCAUCUGUACUACAAGUACAUUCAGGUGACGCGGCAACAGGAACCAUCCGGUACGCUGUCGCAGCCCGUCUUUAAGGCGGUAAAAAAUACGCCGGAAGUCAUCAGUCAGCAAAUAACCGCACUGCAGGAAUUGCUACCAAUGAAAGCUCACUGGGCUCCUGUGGACGAGCUGUUAAAGUUGGGCGGUGUUACCUUACUGUUACGCAUAAUUUUACUCACGUUUGAUUGGACAUACAGUGGACGCGGCGACACGGUACGGUACGCGCUGGAUGCUCUCAGCAUUUGCACCGUCAUAUCUCGGGUGCACAACGUGUUUGUCGAACAACUGCCACAGCAUGAAAGCAAAUUGACCGGCAUUAGCGUGCUUCUAAACGCCGUCGACGGUGAUGUUGCUGAUGCGGAGGUGCAAAAAUCCGCCCUUGCCUUGCUGGUGCAUCUGGUCUGUGCACCAAUUCAUCGACCGAGCGUUUCGCUGGCACGGUUCGGUACCGCGAAAAAGCGCAUGCCAAAUAAAAGCUCUGAAGAGCUAAUUCAGAAGGUUUGGGAGAGUGUUCGGUCGAACAAUGGCAUUCUAGUGCUGUUGGCAUUAAUGCGGAUCAAGGUACCGAUUACGGAUGCGGACUGCAUACGUGGGAUGGCCUGCCGCGCAUUGGCGGGUCUUGCGCGUUCGGAAACCGUGCGCCAGAUCGUUGGAAAGCUUCCCCUAUUUGUUCAUGGUGAAUUACAGAGUUUAAUGCGCGAUCCGAUUUUACAGGAAAAACGCGUGGAGCACGUGCAGUUCCAAAAGUAUGCGCUAGAGCUGAUGGAGCGUGUGUCGGGCAAGGUGGAAUCGUUUGGCAAUCAGGUUGACACUUCGCUGUCCAACAUUCACAAGGCAAAUGUGGUUGCGCAAACGCGUAUUUUGUUCAACGAGCAGCAGGUGUAUCAGCUGAUUUACCAGCACUUGAUAGCGAACGGUUUGAAGGAUACGGCUAGCACACUGCUGAAAGAGUCCGGAUUGAGCUCGGCAGCGUUCCAUCAGUUGCCGCAUCAUUCAAUGCAAAACCCAUCGUCUUCCAUAUCGCGGUCGGCCGCUUCCCUGCAUUCACCGUUCGUCUUCCGUUCGCCAAACACCAACAUUAUACACCGUUCUCGCAUUCGAAGUCGCACGGUGGAUGCAUCGUUCAAUGCAUCGAUGGCACAGGCGAACCUGCAGGCCGCCCUAGCAGCGGCAAGCAUUGAAAGCACAAGUUCCGCAACUGCCACUAACGUUCCUAUGGGUGGUGUAAAUGGGAGCAUUGUAACGCCGGACGGAUCAUACGACGGUAUCAGCAGCCCAACGAUCGAUCCUGGCGAACCGCUCGCACCGAUAAAAUUGAUUAAGAAGCAGACUGCUGCGAACAGUGGCACCCAAAACGGGCAUCAUCCGGUGACGAACAGGCUGGUGGCAACACCCGCGGAUAUCAAUCGUUCCAACUCGUCCAGCACGUCGCAGCGUUCGCUGCAGAAGCAGAUUUCCGCAACGGAUGCGUCCAAUUUUUUGCUGCUGGCCACUACCACCUCAAAAACGCUACCAACCGAAACCACACCAGCGGCCAACAACAUAACGCUCAAUUCGAUCAUCACCGAGUAUCUGACCAAUCAGCACGCCCUCUGCAAACACCCGAUGUCAACGUGUCCACCGUUCGAUCUGUUUAAGCCACACAAAUGUCCCGAUCCAUGCCUAAAUGGAAUGUCCGGCGUUGGGAACAAUUUUGCUGCCCGGUUUUACCGGCGGCAGGCAGGAAUCGUAUCCAGACGAUAUGAUCGUCGGCUGGUGCAUUCGAACUUUUCCGCCUCACGCGUGUUGCGUACGGUCGAGAUGGAUUAUUGUUUUACCUCCUGUGAUUUUACGCCAUGCGGGACAAGACUUAUAGUUGGAUCGCAAACGGGUGAGGUGAAAAUCUUCAACCUCAACGAUACGAACGAAGAACAUAGCUUCAGCUGUCACGAAACGAACGUCGCAUCUGUCAAAUGCAGCAAGGACGGCAGGCUUUUGCUUACGUCUGCCAAUUGGCGAUACGCAAUAUCGACGCUGUGGAGUUUGGAGGGCAAUCACAUAUCGGAAAAGCUCGUAUGGGACGAGGAAGACUAUGUAGAGUUUGCCAAUAUUACGCCGGAAAAGGUGUUGGCCACGACCAAUCAGAUUGCCACCAUAUAUGAUAUAAACACGGGUCAGAAAGUCAUGAGGUUCGAGCCGACCUUUCCCAAUCAGUACACGAAAAACCGUGCCACCUUCUGCCCGAACGAUGAGCUAUUGCUAUCCGAUGGUGUCCUGUGGGACGUCGCAUCCGGUAAGGAGAUACACAAGUUCGACAAACUGAACCAAAACAUUUCCGGCGUGUUUCAUCCAAAUGGGUUGGAAAUCGUGGAAAAUACGGAGGUGUGGGAUUUACGCACGUUCCACCUGCUUCGCACGGUACCAUCGUUGGAUCAGACACACAUAAAAUUUUCUGCCCAAAAUGUAAUGUACGGUGUGACACUCGAUAAGGAAGACUCGGAGUUAGCGGAGAUCGCAGCGUACCAGACCAGCUUUAAAGUGCUGGACUGCUACGACUACACGAGCAUUGCCACCAUCGACGUGAAGCGUAACAUUUCCGAUCUGGCCGUGAAUCGGUACGGUAGCCAAAUUGCCGUCGCUGAGAAUCAGGGUGGAUACAACUCGAUGCAGGAAUCGGUAGUACGCAUCUACAGCGUCGGCCGGAAGCGCAACAGUGGUGACGAUCAGGACGAAGACGAGGAGGAGAUGGAAAACUCGGAGGAAAACAUGUCAGAAACGGAGUCCGUCGGUUCCUCAGCAUCGAACAGCGACGAUGAUGGCGAAGAUGACGACGAAAAUGAUGAUGACGAUGAAGAUGGUGAUGGUGAUAACAACAAUGAUGAAGAUGAUGAUCACGAUGGCGGUGUUGAUGAUUCAGAUGAUUCGUCCUGGACGACGGCAUCGGAUAUAGAGCUGUGAUGCGUCUUGAAACGUGUAGUGCAUAAGGCAGCGUCAGCGUAAAACCGCCAAACGAAGGCCAAAAACAAAACAAAACAAAAUGGGCGCCUAAAAUAGAAGCUGCUACGGCAACAAAUCUGAUCCCAGAAUUAGAGCUGAACGAAAAAUAAUAUGGUUUUGUAAAAUAACGUGUGAAUGUGUAAACAUCAUCCAAAUGAAGGCACCAAAAGCCCUGAACAGCAGAAGCUUUGAUAAAGAAAAAGCAUAAGCAAGACAUUAUGCAUUAUGAUAUGUAUCGCGUUGCAUUAGUUCCAGUUGUACAGUAGUGUUUAGUAAAGGAUUUUGUAUAAACAAAACUAGGCCUAUAGAGGCGUGAAAAAAAUCAUGCAAAAGGAACAUGCAGUCUUAAACAUUUCGCCUAAUGUAGCCUAAGGAUUGAAGUGUGUACGACAUACAGCUAAGAUGAAAAUUUGAGAUCGUGUGUAAGCUUAUCAGGAUUAGAUAGGUACUCUUCGGGGCAUUAGUGCAGGCAGAUUAUACGUUAUUUAUUUUGCUUGAAUUGGAACACAUUUGCAAACAAUCUGUGCAAGGUAUUUGAAUUAAUCGUUUUUGAUUGUGUGCUCAUUUCGGUCGAUGCGGUUUGUAACUUUCGGAAUUAUUGUGUUGUAACGAAACCACAAGCAUUAACGCAUCCACACACUACAGAGAACCAACGUGUGCAUAGUUUAUUUAAAAAAAAAGUACAUAUAUUUGCAGAAUUCUAUUUGUAAGCCCCAUUGGUACAGAAUCGAUUGAUCCGUUGCAAGCUUAAGUGCAGGUGUUAAAUGAUCUGUAUGAAAGGAUAAAUUGCAGAGCUGGUAGGCAUGUGUCGUUGGUUUCCAGCGGAACGCAGAUAUGGCAAACGAAAGAUCUGGAGAGGGAAAACCAUGGAAUAGCUUCUGCCAGACACUAUCGCAGUGUAUUUUUGAUAAAUUUUAGUAGAAAUUUUAAUGUAAUAAAUAUGCGAAGUAAGAAAAAAGUAACAAAUACGAA